AUGUUGAUCAAAAUUACAUCACUUUCCAAGAAUCAUCCCCACGAAACGUUUUCUCAAAAUUACUCAUCGAGAAAUUCCUCUCAAACCAUGCACUCAACGACCAAUCCUCUCAAAAAAGUGAAGAAAGCACGAGUCAUUACCUUCAUUCGUGGUUCUGAAUUUAGAAACGUCAACAUUUCCCAAUUUCCCAAACGAGGACUCUUGUUGCAACAUUUGAGACAAUUAUUUUCGGAUUCACAACUUUCCUUUUUUGUGGAACCCAGCAGUGGAGAGGAAGUGGAGAAUUUUAAAGAUUUGAAAAAAUCAGUGACUACUGUGUUAGUUUUGGAUGAUUCUGAAGAUGUUGAAUAUGUGUUGUAUCGGUAUCAAAAGGAACAUCGAAGAUUGUGCUGA